AUAGUGAGGAUGGGAGAGUAGGUGUGAUUGGUGGAGGGCGGGUUGGGAUUGUUAUGCUGGCUAGUGGAUGGCAGGAUGAGAUUGAUGCGAUGAGGAGGAUGAGGGAGAGAGCUGGGGAGGUGAAGUUGGGUCCGAAGCCUUUGAUUGUGGAUGUGUAUCUGAAGGACAGGGAAGGGAGGGAGAGGUGGAGAGAUAUGAAGCCUAUAUCUGCUGGAUAUAUACCCUCUCGGUCUCAAAAUCCGGUUUCUCCACGAAAUAACUCCUCUGAUUCCCCGACAGACGAGAGACGAACACUCGACUCUGACACGACGACCACCGAGUCCAAAUCUCCAACCUCCCCGUCAUCACAAGCACCUACACCUCAGUCUCGCAUACGCGUAUCCGUACUCAUAUCAAUGCCAACACCCCAGGCACAUCAUGCCGAGAACAACACAGACGCGCCAACCAAGCACAAGUCGAACGUGUCUUCGGGUAUGGAGGAGAAUAAGGAUAAGGAUAAAGAAGGUACGGAGGAAGCGAGGCUUGGCGAAUUGAACGUCGCUCUUGGAAUUACGGACGUGCCUGUUGUGCAGUGCAAGCGAUGAUGAAUGACGAUGUUUUGCUUGGUUGCUAUAUUAAGUUUUUGCCUUUCGCAUGUGCUGUCUAUUGUUUCCUCUUUUCACAUGGGAAUGUUGUGAUGUAUUACAAACACACUGUAGAAUAGUUGUGUCAUCUGUAUAUCCGUC